AUGCCUUUCAUGAUGAAUGUUUCUAUACCGGCUGGUGCUUCUGUGAGAACCAGUCAAGCUUGUUUGAAAGUAGAGUUGAAAUUUGGUGAAAUAGUCAUAAGUAUUGAUUUGAUUUUUUUGCCUAUGUCAAGAAUUUAUGUGAUAAUUGGCAUGGAUUGGUUGUCUGCUAAUAGAGCAACAUUAGACUAUAAUAGAAAGGCAGUUUCACUACCAGUGUGCACGGUGACCACCACAAAUGAUGGGACUACACUAUCUGUACCUAUUACUACUCCAAAGACUCCUAAGUUCUUAUUAGCAGUACAAGUGGAGAAAUUAGUUAAGGAAGGAUGUGAAGCUUUUAUGGUGUUUUAUUUAGUGCACGGAGUAUACGAUGAAGCAAUAGACAAGAUAGGAGUUGUCAAUGAGUUUCCUGAGGUACUUGCAGAUGAAGUGUCUAGAUUGCCACCAGAGAGAGAAAUUGAGUUCUCAAUUGACUUGGUACCUAGUACGGAGUCAAUCUCUAAGGCUUCAGUUCGGAUGGCUCCAAUGAAAUUGAAUGAGCUUAAGAAGUAG